ACCCUGUUUGCUUCUUGAUUGACUAACUUGACUUUUGACAUUCAAUGUUGUUGAUGAAAAUGCAAUGUUUGGUUAAUCUGUUUUUUUAGAAGUUUAUUGGCGUUAGAAUAUUUAAUAGAGACUAUGUUGGUAAUUGAUCUAUGAGAUAUAAUAAAGACAAGUUCUAUAUAUUUGAGACAUACUUUGAAAUACGUUUUACUCAAGUAAAAUCACUGUAAUCACAGUAUUGUAAUGGCUUUUAUGACUGUCGCGCACUAUCUACAAAUCCUAGAAAGAUCCUGGAAAAACCAAGAUGGUAACAAAACUGCACAAUUUCUUUCACUACGACACGAUCAUGCAAAAUUUCCAAAUUAUCAAGUAGAACAGGCCGAAGGAAUCGUAGAUAAAUUUUUGACUUCUCCGUUAGAUGAAUUGGUAUGCCUUCAUUUCAAAUGUUUAUUUUACAUUGGAAAACAAGAUUUUUUAGAAGCUUAUCAAGCUCAGAGUACUUUGGUACAAUGUUUUGCAAAGAUCAUGCAGUCACAGAAAGAAGAAAACUGGUCUCUUCCUAUAAUGUACAUCAUAGCUUCUGACCUCAGACUUGUAGCUCAGCUAGCUGAAAAACAACGAGUAGGUAGCACAGAGAAUCCAGGAGAGAUUCUGGAGAAAGCUGCCGAAUGCCUAAUGGGAUGCUUUAGAGUAUGUGCAGCAGACAACAGAUCAGCAGAUGAGGAUACAAAAAGAAUAGGAAUGUUGGGUUUAGUGAAUCAGCUGUUUAAAGUUUAUUUUAGAAUCAAUAAAUUGCAUUUAUGUAAGCCAUUGAUAAGGGCUAUUGAAUCAUCCCAGUUUAAGGAGAUUUUUCCCUUGGGACAGCAAGUUACGUAUAGGUACUUUGUUGGCAGAAAAUCAAUGUACGACAGCAAUUACAAAGCUGCAGACGAAUACUUAACAUAUGCUUUCGAAAAUUGUCACAAAACCAGCCGAAAGAACAAAAAGUUAAUCUUGACUUACCUUGUCCCAGUCAAAAUGCUCCUGGGAUACAUACCUAGUCGCCAAGUUCUGGAAAAGUAUGGUAUCGUAGACGAAUUUUGGGACCUAGUGAAAGCAGUGUGCCAAGGAAAUUUGAAACUUUUCGAUGAGCUUAUGGAUAAACAUGAAUCAUUCUUCAUAACUAGCGGAAUUUACUUGAUUAUAGAUAAACUAAAAAUAAUCGCUUACAGGAAUUUAUUUAGAAAAGUGUAUCUGAUUUUAAAUACCCAUCAGAUACCGGUCGAAUCAUUGCAACGGGCUUUAGAAAGUUUAGGACAAGAUGCGGAUCUAGAUGAAACUGAAUGUCUCGUAGCGAAUUUGAUAUACCAAGGAAAGAUCAAAGGUUAUAUUUCCCAUCAACAUAGAAAAGUUGUUGUUAGCAAGCAAAACCCAUUUCCUCCUUUGACUAGUUUAAGUUAAAUUCCUUCAAG